GUUCUUAAAGUUUGAAGAAGAUGGUAGUCGAAAGCGCAAGUCUUCCGGAUCAGCGAAUUGAACUUAUGAGGGACGAGGUGAUUAAACAAUCGAGAAAAUUUCUGGAUGAGUUUGAUUCGUUAUUGCUGCACAAAGAACUGUACCGUAGUUUAUUUCUGUACACUUUGGAAAGUGUUCGGGACGACGUGGUGAAGCUUUUGCAACGGUUCAUUUCCCUGCCAACGGAACCUUUUCAGCAUGGGGCGAUCGAGUGUUGUGGCAUUUCUUUCGAAGGAAAAAAAGAGUACACGAAUCACUAUCAACAUGUUCACAACCUGAAGGCUGUGCAGUCCGUGACACUUUGCGAGAUGAAGCUGGCUCUAGCAAAAAUUGCUAUUUUUCAACGAACUAUUCAUGGAUAUUUACGAGCAGGAAAUCUUUCAAGCUGUGAAAUGAUCUACUUUUUAAAGCAAGUUCUGAAGAAACUUAACAAUACUAUAGAUUUUUAG